ACAUGUACAAUGCAAGUCACACAGGCGCACACGUACGCACAAACAAUUGGACCCUCUCCAAGCGUAAACAGAGCCGAAUGAAAACAACCGCCUGUUGUACUUUGGACUCAUGAUGUCGUCAGAGUCAGGUGACAAAGAGUCACCAUAAGGGCAAAGCGGCUGGUCGAGGAACUCUGGCAGAAAAGUCGGGUUCUGUUACAAAAUCGAAGACUUAGGUUCCAAGAAUGAGUUAUCCACAGCAGCCCAGUGCCCCUGCAUACCCACCCCCGGGAGCCUAUCCACCCCCGGGAGCUUAUCCACCACCACAGGCGGGCUACCAGCAGGCGCCCCCGCCAUACCAAGGUGGCCCUCCCGGUCAGGGUCCUGCCCCACCAUACGGCACAGUCUACGCCACACAGCCGCCAGUCGUACAUCAGAAAACAGUGUACGUGUAUGACCAGGACGCUGCCCGGCGUGAGCGGGAGGCCCAGGCGGCGGAGGACUGCGCCAUGUGCGCCCUGUGUAUGGCCUGUCUGUGCUGCUGUCUGGCGAACAACUGACACCAAUGGAGAUGAAACACGUUUACUGGCGUAUAUGAUCAAAUGUAGUAAAGCAGAUGUAGUGCAUAUACAGAAAUUAAAUACUCUGAGAUAAAGGAGUCAAAUGUUGAAAUGUCAUAGUGACAAAUACAACCAAAUUUCUAUGCAGCAAGUUGCUACUCAUUACAUUGUAUCAAUGAUGGCAAGGAUGUUAAGCUCUUUUAAGCUCCUUGAUGAUGGUAAAUAUUCCUCCGUGCAGUUAAAGCUAUACGUAACGAGUCUAGUUUGACACAACCUGUGUACACCAUGUUUCUUCCUGUAUGAAUGCAAAUCAUUCUAUGUACAAUAUCAAAAUUUAUCUUGAACUUAAACCCGAUGACAUUUCAUUGUGGUUAUCAUAUGAGCAUAAUUGUCAUACGAACAAAAUAGAUAAGCAGGGUUUUCAUGAAAUUUUCUGUGUAUGUAACAAUUAUCUUAAGCCGUUGAAUAAAUGGCAAAAAGUUAUAUU